CUCAUCACUAUAAGACACACUGAAGGUUGCACUGAUGCAGAAAACCACAGGGUCGCUCACUGAGAAAUUAGCUGCAUAAAAUGGUCGACUUGACACCCACAGAAUGACAGGUUGGGUUUGCUGCCAGCAUGAUGCAUCAUCUGCGGAAAUUUCUGCUUCUUCAUCUUCUGACAUGUCUCAGACAAAAUGCACUUGGGAGUGAAAUCAUACAUGGUAAAAAGGCCCCAGAUGACUUAAUGCUGUAUAUGGCCUCGGUACAGCACAAUAAAGGUCAUGUAUGUGGAGGAUUCCUUAUCAGUGAAGACUUUGUGGUUACAGCUGCGCACUGUGACAAAAACGAACCUACAAGUGUUGUUCUCGGAACCCACAAUCUCAAGAAGGUUGAUAAUGGCACAAUGAGAGAUGUUGUAAAGAGAUGCAAGCACCCACGUUAUGUGAAUCAUACAUGUGGAAAUGACAUCAUGCUCCUCAAACUCUCUAGGAAAGUUCAACUGAACAACAGAGUACAACCUAUUCAACUUCCAAGGGCUGACAAUAAAAUAAAGGUUAAAGGAAAGUGUCGUGUAGCUGGAUGGGGUCUCACGAAAACUGGUGGUAAGGUUGUUGAUGUGCUGCAAGUGGCGGAGGUACCUAUCGUUAACCCAGCGGUCUGUAAGAGAGAAUGGAAAGAAAUUCGAGUCAAUCUUCCGGACAAUGUCAUCUGUGCGGGUGGAUAUAAUACAACCAAAGGAUUCUGUCAGGGUGACUCUGGUGGCCCUCUGGUGUGUGGUGGGACAGCAGCUGGUGUUGUGUCUUUCAACAUGAGAAGUAACUGUGACUACCCAAAUGUACCCAAUAUCUAUACAGAUGUAUCAAAAUACCUUGCCUGGAUCAAAGGAAUUCUCAAGAAAAAGAAUUUCUCAAGGAGACAAGGUACUUGUCUUGCCAGCAUCAUGCAUGGUCUGCACAAAUUCCUGCUUUUUCAGGUUGUGGCAUGUCUUGGGCAAGGCGCUCGUGGGAGUGAAAUCAUAGAUGGGGAAAAGGCCCCAGAGAACUCCAUGCUUUACAUGGCCUCAGUCCAGAACAAGGGAGGUCAUGUAUGUGGAGGAUUCCUUGUCAGUGAAGACUUUGUGAUGACUGCGGCGCACUGUGAAAAAGACAAUCUUACACGGGUUGUUCUUGGCACCCACAAUAUCAAGAAUGUUGAUGAAGGAAAAAUCAGAUAUAUUGAGAAAAUGUACAAACAUGAAUCUUAUCAGGAUGUGUGGACUGGUAAAGACAUCAUGCUCCUUAAAUUGUCUCGAAAAGCUGAACUGAACAAAAAACUCCAAACGACCCCCCUUCCCAGAUCUGAAAUACAUUUGGGGGACAAUACAAAAUGCUACGUAGCUGGAUGGGGCUUCAUCAAAACAGGUGGAAGAGUUGUUGAUGAGCUGAGAGUGGUGGAUGUGUCUGUCAUUAACCCACGAGUCUGUCGAGAAAUAUUACCUCCUGGUCUUCCCAACAAUGUCAUCUGUGCAGGUGGAUAUAAAACAAAGAAAGGAUUCUGUCAGGGUGAUUCUGGUGGCCCUCUGGUGUGCGGUGGGACAGCUGUUGGUAUCGUGUCUUUCAACUGGGAGAAGAACUGCAGCUACCCACAUUUACCCAACGUCUAUACUGAUGUAUCAAAAUACCUUCCCUGGAUCAAGACCAUCCUCAAACGCUCGAAACGUUCAGAGUAAAAAUCUUGUUCAAAGUUUUGCUUCAGCAUGCAAAAUUGUGAUGUCUCAUAUUGCUCUGUCAGUGUGACUGAAAUUGAAAAUAAAA